AUGGAAAGAAGAAUAAAGUUAAAAACAUUAAACAGUCAUAUUACGUGUAAGAUUUGUCGUGGAUAUUUCAUUGACGCCACUACGGUCACCGAGUGUCUUCAUACGUUCUGCAAGAGCUGUCUGGUGAAACACUUAGAGGAAAAUAAUACAUGUCCAACAUGCAACAUAGUGAUACAUCAAUCACACCCAUUACAGUACAUCAGUUUCGACAGAACUAUGCAGGAUAUUGUGUACAAAUUAGUACCAGACUUACAGGAUAAUGAAAUAAAACGAGAGAGGGAUUUCUAUCGGGCAAGAGGCCUGCCAUGUCCAAAGGAUGCUGCAUUGGCUGCUGACAAGCCUGGUGCUGGUGAUGAGCCAGAGCAACAAGAUAAUAGUGAUUGUCAUAGGAAAGAUGAACAGGUUAAUGUGUGCUUAGAGUGCAUAUCAACAUCUCUGCGCACACUGAAGCGCAGUUUCAUCAGAUGUUCAGCUCAAGCUACCAUCACGCACCUCAAAAAAUUCAUAGCUAAGAAAAUACUUAAUGGUAUGGAGAAAUAUAGGGAAAUUGAUAUUUUAUGUAAUGAUGAGUUACUAGGUAAGGACCACACAUUGAAAUUCGUCUAUGUGACACGUUGGAGGUUCAGGGACCCGCCAUUACGACUGCAGUAUAGGCCCAAGAUAGAUAUAUAA